CACAAACUUUUUUUUCUGUCUGUUGGCUUCUUUUUCCUGACAGUGAAUUCUACUCCUUUCACUGGUUAAUCCGGAGAAAAAGGUUUGAUUUGUAUGACGAAAUCGCAGGGUCCUGGAGAGGGUAAGUACGCGAAGAAGCCCGAUGUCUGCGGAGAAGCGAAGGCAGAGGGGAAAGACGCAUCCCAUCUGCCGUACCUCGGGGUCCGCACCAGGGCCCAAACCCUUGCCCUCAGAAACCUCGAGGAAUCCUCCCCGGAAGCCACCUCUUCCUACCUCCAGCUCCGGAAUCGACGACUCGAGAAGCACUCCUGCUCUCCCUCCUCCGCCAGGUCCCGAGCAGCCCCCAAGAGCAGGCUCAAUGUUUGCCAUGGCCCUAGCCGCCAGAUCGGCGGCAAUAAGGUAUCCGCUAAAAAGGAGUUUGUAGGGCUCGCGACUCGCUUCUCGAAGAAGGUAAUUACCGAGGUCGGUUCUAGUUUGGAGACUUCCGUUGGGGAAAAUGUUCUCGAAUUCGACGCGAACAGGAGUGACAGAGAAACCACACCCUGCAGUCUGAUAAGGAAUUCAGAUGCCAUAGAAACUCGUGGGUCAACAACCCGGCCUACCUACUCGACUGCAAACAAGCUGCAGCAGCUACCAAUUACCAGUAGCAUCCCAUCUGCAUCUGAGGUGGAAAUGGAAAGGCUUUUUUCUGGGCCUGAACAAAUCCAACAGAGAAGGUUCAUGGAGAAGUACAACUUUGAUUUUGCGAAUGAUAAGCCUCUCCCAGGCCGUUAUGAAUGGGAAAAACUGGACUCUUCUCUGUGCAGGCAAACCAAAGGGCGCCUAUAACUGCUACUCCAAGCCACACAAAGAAGGGGAAGGCUGCAGUGGUGGUGUUUGCUACCCUACUUUCUUUUGUUAACAAGUAGGUGUAAUGUCUUGGUUAACUUGGCAUAUCCUGGAACACCCUAGAUGUACAGAACCUUAUAUUAGCAGUCUAGCAAGGUGUUUUGAGGCAACGAUUAGGGUCGUCAACUCCUUGCUUCAGGGUAACCUUUCUCUCUUUGUAGCUUGUGUGUAUACAUAUAUACGGUUGGUUUGUUGUACUCUGGCUUGGCUUGCAUUGUCGAUGCAAGUGGCGGGGAGACAAAUGUAUUUUGGAAUGAAAGGUGGCCUUCCUCCAUUAUAAUUGCCUUCUA